AACUCAGAUGGGUGUGAUGUUCUUCAAGGUUUAAUAUGAUGGUACAUGUAGGUGUAUGCAAUGGUGGCUUGACACAAGCAAACCCAGUGUUCUGGACAAGGAGUCAAUAUAUAGUUAUGAAUCUGUUUGAAUUUCGCAGAUGCGCCUGUCAAUGUACAUGAAUUCUCAGAAAUUGCUCAUCAGAAGCAGCAUCUGCCUCUCUGUUUCUAUGGAAGUGACAUCUGCUGGACUGUGACCUUGGGAGUUCAAAAGACCCCUGUUUACCAAAGCGUUAAAGAGACAGUAUUGGCAGAUCUACUGAGAACAACACAAUAACACUCACCAGCACAAUAGCACUAACCAGCUACAAUGUACACAUACAUGUACAUGUAUUAAGACCACUGAGUAAAGGGAUCUCAGUUUGAUCACUGGUACCCGAAGUGGGCUACCAGCUUGUGCACUUAAGUGCACCUGUUAACUGGAUUCAAAAAGAAGCUUUGGAAUCACAGCCAUGGAUGUCACUUGCAAGAUGCAUCACUGGGAAAAAUUCUACGUGUACUGGUGCCGCCUCUUGUUGCUGGGCAUCUCUGUGCUGGCAGUCAAGGUAAGGACCAGCUGUUCGGCAAACUACAGCGGCUGCAUUAACAUGACCAACGAAAGAACUGGCACCCUGGAAGGCCUUGACUGUAAUUGCAAUAGCCAGAUGCUGCUAUUGUCAGACCAGCUCCCACAAAUAAGCAGCUUAAUUCUGGAUGGAGGCGACUGCCCGGCGAGCUGGGAUGCGGUCCGCUGGUUAACCACACAACUUCAGUCGCCUGAACUCUUGGAAUUCCUCUCUGUGAGCAACUCCAGAAUGGACAUCAGAGAGCAUGAUAUGAACCUACUGCAAAACCUCAAGGAGUUCUCAGUUUCACGGGGAUCAGCUAGAUUCCUCCAUCCUAGGUCAUUUUCACAACUGAGGCAUUUAGAGAGCUUGACUUUGAAAGGGCUCCGAUUGGAACAUUUUCCAGACGCAGUAACAGGUAACUUCCAGACAUCCAUCAACCAAACAGACAUCACUGACAUGCCGCUGCCAAGCUUGCAACACCUGGAUCUCUCUGGCAAUGCUAUCUCAGACAUUCCUGACAGGGCCUUCCUCCACCUGUUUAACCUGACAUACCUGGACUUGGCUAAAAACAGGCUGCAGAGACUAGAUGCCGAGCCCUUGAGAUACCUGAGGAAACUCCGUACCCUCAAUGUUAGUCUCAACAGAAUAUUUGCCCUGCCACACCAAGGUUUUUCGGGCAUACUGCCGCACUUACAAACCCUCGUCAUGAAAAAUGCUGGCAUUUUCACCCUCAGUAUGGGCACUUUCGAGGGUCUCGCGCACCUCCAGUCCCUGGACCUUUCAUUUGGUGUUAUGGCCACCGUUCAUCCACUAUCUCUCCAAGGACUGGACAGUCUUGAAGAGAUCAAUAUGUUCUUCAAUCCAAUGUUGCAAUCUCUUCCCGAGCAACUUUUACGUCCAGUCAACAAGACAUUACGAAAAAUCAACCUUAGUGAAUGUAAGCUUUCCAGCAUCCCAAAACAAUUUUUGGAAGAGCUGCCUUGGCUCGAAGAAGUUAAUUUGUCCACAAAUAAAAUCUCCUCUAUGGUAAACAUCUCCUUCAAGGGCUCAACCCGACUGAAAAGACUAAACAUCGCUUGCAACUCUGUCACCGAUAUCCCAUUGAAUUUUUUUGAGCAGACCCCUUCCCUUGAGGCUGUGCACUUGGAAGGGAAUUCAAUUGCCUCUGUUCGAGGUUUCACUUUCUGGAACCUGGAUAAUUUGCAAAGCAUUGACCUUUCCCAAAACAAUCUCACCUUCGUGGAAAAACAAGCCUUUUACAAUCUCCAGUCACUCGAGACUUUGAACCUGAACAAUAAUUUCUUGGCGAGGGUUCCCAACAACGCUUUGUACAACAUACCCGCCCUGCAGGAACUGAAUUUGGCAGACAACCACCUGACAAACUUUCCAGAGCUGCCAUUUGUCAAUAGAGAUGCCCUGAAUGCAAGAAUGUAUCCCAAGAAGGCGGUAAUCGUUGACAUGCGCCGCAACUGGCUUACGUGCGACUGUCACACGUACAGACUCAUCGGCGAUCACGAAUACAUUGACAUGUUUUGGCCUGGUGGAAAUCUCCUUGCUAAUCUCCGAUUCAAGAAGUAUGAAGAACUUCUGUGUGUGUGGCCACCCCGCUUGAGAGGUCAAGCCCUAUAUGCCCCUCAGCAAGAGGAUAAGCUUAACCCACACUUUGCCAACUUAAAAUCUCACUGUACCGAUCAGUGCGAGUGUUAUACACGUUGCAGCGAUUCCCUGAACAUAACACUUUGCUACGGUAAUCUAAAAAGUGUGCCACAAAAUCUCUCCAAGGACACCAACGUUUUAGACCUCAGUGGGAACCACCUUGUGAAGAUCGGGGGAACGUUCCAGGGGCUAGCAAGCCUCACGGCCCUGUAUCUUGAAUAUAAUCAAAUACGUGCUGUUACUCAGGAGGAUUUCCAAAGCUUGCCCAAUUUGACGUUACUUAAUCUUCAGCAUAAUGCCAUUUCGACCAUAGAACCAGAAAGCUUUGCUAACCUACAGAAACUGCAGUUCCUGUAUCUUGACCACAACCUGCUGACUGGAAUGCAAAAGGAAGUCCUGAAUAGCAUCCCACCACUCAAGGAAAUCACCCUCAACAGCAACCCCCUAAUUUGCGACUGUGACCUGAUGUGGUUGAAAGACUGGCUGCAAGUGCAAGCCAUCAGUAUGGACGAUGUCGACAGCAUUAACUGCACAACACAGUCAAAUGAAACAGGUGCAGUGGUAUACUUUGACGACCAUAAAUUCAUGUGCAACUCCACAGAUGUUGAUGUUAUCAUUCACGAUCAAAAUGCGGAAACAGUAACAGUGUGUUUCGGGGUUCUGGUGUUUCUAAUGAGCAUCUCAGCCAUUGCAUACCGAUUCCGACGAGUCAUCCAGGUGAUAGUCUAUAAUCGCACUGGCUGGCGCUUCAGCAACAAGCUGGACAAGGACAUGACAAGGGCCUACCUUUAUGACGCCUUCAUAUCUUUCAGCACCGACGACUUAGACUUUGUUACCCAGGAGCUGGUCCCCAAACUGGAGGGCCACCGGCCCCCUUUCAGACUGUGCAUUCACCAGCGGGACUUUGUCGUUGGGGAGUGUAUCUCCACCAACAUCAUCAAUGCUGUGGAGACCAGCAGAAGGACCCUCAUCGUGUUGUCCAACAACUUCUUGGCAAGCGAAUGGUGCUCCUUCGAGUUCAAGGCAGCCCAGCAACAGCUCCUCAAGGACCACCACAAGCGUCUCAUGGUCAUCCUCCUGGAGAAGGUCGACAAGAACCUGCUGGACAAGGACCUGAAGCUUUACCUGUCAACCAACACUUACCUGGAACGGAGUGACACCCUGUUCUGGGAAAAGCUCUACUUUGCCAUGCCAGACAAGAAAACAGUGGGCCAAAUGCAUUCCACCAACAAUGAAGAUGCUGUCACGAUGGCACGGGAUGAGGUUGAGCUUCAAGGGGAGCUGCAAGAACUGAUCCCUUGAAAUUUCAUUCACUGACUGGUGGGUGAGGGGUGGAGCAAACAGGGUCAUGGUCACCCCUCCCCCAAUAGGGAAAAUGAGUUUUGGGGACCGCCCAGAAUUUAGCCUCUCAACUCAGGAAUUCCUAAUUCAUGUUAUAAAGAAAGACUUGUAGAAAUCCUCAAAGUGUGGUCUCCCCCAGCAAACAAAAUCGUGACUCUCUUGAAAAUUUGGUUCUGGAUCUGCACACACAAGUACAUGUGCUCUAUAGUCAUUAAACAAACAAUAAUAAUUUGUGGAUUGUGAUUUUCGGGGGGGGUGAUGUGAUGUUCGCAAGCAGCAUUCUAUUGUAAUAACAGAGAGUGAGAAUGUGUUUUAAACUUCA